GCUCAUGCUGCCUUUUCGGUUUUGAGAGAGCUUUUGAUCCGGAGGGCGCUGAUUGAUACAGAGCUUACUACCAUGCCGCUUAGUGGCCUAUCUAAAUACAGCGUGGAUCGCACAGCAUCAUGCUAAAUGCUGUAUCUUUAUCGAUAUCAUUCGGUCGCAGCUGUACGACCACACGGGAGGUGUGCACUCUCAAGUGACGAUGGGUCGACUUGCUUCGUUUUUGCGUGAAGUGACUUGCUUCUACUGUGCUUGUUCAUCUUUGUGUUGCAGCAAGCUGCUUGGAACCGAUGUCGCCAGGUCUGCCGCGUGCAGUUCGACAAAUUACCACCUAGGGUAGAUCCGCACGCCAAACACAAGCUGCAGCGAACGUCUUCCACCGCGCUUCCUUCUGACACGGAGUUGGAGUUUUUAGUACUGUUGCCAUAAUACCGGGGGGCCGUGGAAAUACGAAUUUCCCAACCAGACGCAUAGCACGCCAACGAGCGCGCUUGUAAGAAUGGGGCACGUGCGCCGAUAUGGAGCGUCGUUUCCCUGCGCCCCUGUUGAGCGAUUGAACUGUGCAUUUCUUUGUGAUUGCUUCUUUCCAGCUUCAUCCGUACCUCGCCAGCCAGUUGAAGGCACUUUGUAUGUCUAUUAUUGAUAGCGCUGAUCCAUCACUCUGUCAAUGACUGUUGAUGCGUCAAGUGGCUUAGAUACUCGAUAAGAAUUUCGCUGGAGGUUUUGCAGAUCGGCUUUUCUUCCAGGGUGUGAUAUGGAAACAGCUAGGCAUUGUCGAUGUCUGCUUUAUGGCAAAUGGGCCCUGGUAAAUUAAUUGUGAGUCGCCAUCUUUCUCCUGGGCGGAAAAGCAUUAUUGAUUUGUCUCAGAGGCGGACUGGUGGCGCCUCAUAUCAAGGUGGCUGUUCACGCGUGGCGAUCUUUCGCGUACGACGUCCGUGUCGGGCGCAGCAGCCGCUGGAUAGUAUGGCGGAGCCGUGCUCCGAGUAUCUUCCUGUUUUCUGGUGGUGCGGUGGUCGGGUUUCUGGUGGUCAACAGACGUGGGACGCGCUGUGCGAACCAGGUCCCCUGUGUAGAGCGCUCUAGUCUCAGGUUUGAUACAGCUUUUCGCCCAGAUCGCGAAAUCGAGUUCACGCACAAGCUACAGCGUGCAGCGUCGUUGCUUGCCCCGAUUCAGCACCACGUUUACUGCUGGAUGCAAGCUGAAAAGGACCCGGAUGCUGCACACAAAUGGCUAAGUCUGACUUCUCUGCCGGUCUGCGAGAUGUCGCAUGGACAGACUCCGUCUCGUAGUGAGCUGAUAGAAUCUCCGCGUCGAAACCCUGACAGAAUACAGCAGCCAAAGUCUCGCGUGCGCCUUCCGGAGGAUUUAGACGAGCGGAAACGAGAGGAGAGCGAACGUACAGGAAACACUAGCGCCGCGAGGCUAGCCAAAAUGUUGACCAAAAUGCAAAAAGGAGAUAGUAGCAGCCAGUUCGACGACCGCGCGAUCGCAGCUGCAGGCUCCGGCAAUUAUGUCCGUGCGGAUGGAAGAGCGCACGAGGAGGAACUCCUUGAAGCGAACGUGCCCGCGGUCCUCGCGAAUCACUGGGUAGCACGGGGCUUUCUGUCGCAGCACUUCCAGCAUUCUCCCAGUCUUGCUCGCGUGUCUGUUGAUAGUAUCAAAAAAGCGCAAGGAGCGGUGGAGUGGUUUGCAGAACAGCUUCUGGAUGAGGCCACCUGGAACCGGAUGGUGACACAAGACAAAAAGCUUGAAGGUCUUCUUGAGGGUGGGAUAGACAACCGGACUCGCAGUUGCAGGUCGCAGGAAGGAAACGAUAGUAGAUGCUUGGUGGAUUCGAACUACCCGCAUUACAGCUAUUCUUUUUUGAAGCAAACUCAUGAUGAGCUUGAACGCGUUGGAGUGGUGAAGGUCGAAGCCCUCAUCCCGCUGCAGGUCAUCCGCGAGAUUCGCCGAAAGCUGGACAUUGCUCCACUUCGGCACUCCCCUUAUGAAAAGAUACAGAAUGACUGGCGAGAAGACGUCAAGGCACACGGAUUGACGGGGGCAGAAAAGGGGACAAGCUCGUGGCUAAUGAGCCGCGGCGAGGACGAUGAAACGUAUCUCAAGGACGGGCCUGGCGGUAAAUCGUUACAACUCUAUCAUGUUGUUGCAGAAUUCGACUGUCGCCGGUUUGAUCCACAGUACAUCCUGCAAUUUUCGUACGAGAAGAUGCGCGCACGAGUUUGGCAAGAAAAGCAGACGCGGCGUGACCGAGAUUGCGACUACAUAGACACGUCCGUUGACACCGAUCGCAUUUGGGAAAGAGGUCCACGGAGAGCGGUAGCGGAAAAAUGUGGGUCCCAGGAGAUGAUGCUCCCUGGUGGUAGUGUCGGCAGCUCAAUUGAGGCUAACAAAAGCGAGCUGCCUCCAGAACAGCGCGAGCGGAUGAAAAAUUAUGUGCAAAACUUAUGAGGUGGGUCACGGGGUGCUUGGGUGUGUUUCCUCUGCUGUGUAUCUUUCUGAAGCUAAGUGUAAUUAGGAGCCUUGACCUUGAGAAGAGCAUCUGAGCGUUUCUGUUGUAGCCAGAGAACGCGCCAAUGCUUGUGAGAUUAAAUAGGUACUUCGGGUGACAAGACGGUAAAAAAACGCUCAUGUGGGGGCGCGCAAACGCAAAGCGCAUAUCAGCCGACGAAGCCGACGCGCCUGCCAUACGAGCGCGGUAUAGGUUUCCAAUUAUUACGCGUUAACGGAUGCCGCUCCGACAUGCUGGAGUCUCGCGCAAAGAGCGGAGCAAGACCCGGCGACUGGGGGGCACAAUCUGACGCGGGGCAGCAGAAAAAAUUUAGAAGAAAGGAAAGACGGGCAGGCGCAAACUGGAACCCUGCGGAACUCGCAAAGAGUUUUGCGCACGGGCUGGUAGCCCAGACGCCCGGGCAACGCCUGAAACGCCCACCAAGCCACCUGCCCAAAUCCACUUGGUGCUUGCGCCCCAAGAAAAAGAGUGAGCGAGGCGGGCCGGGCGGGCUUUUCGUGCUCAGCCGCACCGCCGCUACGCGUGCCCGCACGUGAUCCCCGAACGCCACGCCGGCGUCCGUGCUUGCUGCGCGGCGACGCACCGGCAGGGCCUUCGUUUUCUGCGCCGGCUCAGCGGGCGGCUCCCCUUUUCGUUGCUGCCCGCCCUUUCGGGACCAAAGGCGACUGACCUCUUCCACCCACCGCGGCAAAAUUGGCGGCUGCCGUUCGACUCUGGGUGGCUCGCUGUGGCGCGCCAGGACGGAGGGGAGGCCGUGGGCCGCAGCGCCUUCCGGGGGGCCCUACUAGAAUUCCGGGAGCAUCAGCUUUCCGGCAGGAGGCCAUACCCCCUCGUGCGAGGCACUGUGGUGGCCCAAAGGGCCUAGUAGCCUUGCUUCCCUUCCGCCUGACCGCUUUUCGGCGAGCUGCGCAGCUCCGCCACUGGCCCUUUUUCUUGCGUUGCGGGACUGUGCCAGGCUAUGCCGCAGUUUUCUGGAUGUGCCCGCCCCGGUGCUGAUGCUGCUUUCCCGUUCCGGCACUGGGCGCGCAGCCUCCUGUCGCGCGGCUUCCUGUAGCGCAGCUCCAUUUCCCCUCGGCCCGUGGCUCGUCCGGCCGCGCCGCCCCAUUUGCAUUGCAGCCAUGAAAGAAGGAAGGCGCGCCACUUGCGGCGGCGCGCUCGGCUUCGGCCCGGGGCCUGGCGGGGGGCGAUUCCCGCGGGCAGGCAGGCGGGUAUUGCCGACUGCGACGGGGAGGGCCGGUUCGGGGCGGAGGAGACCAUGCUUCCGGCCGGCACCAGACGGCCGCGGGGCGGGGAUUUCUGCCGCGCGACCCGGCCCGGCCUGCUGCGCGCUGCGCGGGCUUUUUUUGCUCCGAAACGCCGGGGCGCCGAAAUGCAAACACGGACCAAGCAGUGCGUGGCCGCCCGCGCCCCCGUGCUGUCGCUUUCAGCUGCCUGCCCGCGCCGGCGAGCCACCCAGCUCGGGCUUGCCGGAUAUUGCGUUCGGGCAUCCGGAUCCGCUUCUUGUCGCGCCGCCCGCGCGCCAAGCCUUCAUGCGGAAACACCCCGGGCGGAUUUCCGUUCUAAAAUCCUGCUAAUUUUUCCGGCCUUUAAAAAAUUCCGGGCGCCCAUUUCUUCUAAUCGUGUUGGGCCCCCAGCGUGAGCGCGGGGCGGUUCUCUUCCUUCGUAGUCCCCCGGGGGGCGGUGUUUUUGGUCGUUUCCCCAACACAGCACUGGCGCGCCCCUUCUUCGUCUCUUGGGGUUCGGCAGGGCUGGUUUUUGGGUAAAGUAGUGCCGCGCUAUUUUGAACAAGCAGGGCGGUUGUGGGUGGGUGUAGAGGGUGGCGCACAAUGUGGGUGGUAGGCGCGGGCCCUGCCCGUCUUCUCUGGAGACGCGACGCGGUCUGCGCCUCUUCGCAUCCCCGCUCAUGCGCCGCUGGCUCGAAGACGCAGAUCGUUUGUCGAGGACCGGGAGAUGAUGUUCGUGGUUUCGAACACGAACGCCAUCUCCUGCAGGUCCGAAGCAAACACUUCGGGAUGUCCGGCACUGGAUGUUCGCGUGAAGCGGAGCCGGAAUCUUCCGGCUCCGCUUCUGGUUUUGGCGUCCCGAGUUCUUCUAUUUCGUCUUCUAAAGUCACAAAGUCGCGACUUUGUGUGUGAUUUCAAUUAGAGGACUUUUUAGAAGCCUUUUUAGAGGCUGUUUUAGAAGCCGGCUUUAGGGGCCGGCUUUAGAGGCCGACUUUAGCGGCCGACUUUAGAGGCCCACUUUAGAGGCCCACUUUAGAGGCCGACUUUAGAGGCGGAAAUUAGAGAUGGGCUUUAGCGGCGGGAAUUACAAGUCGGGUUUUCGAAGUUUGUUGCGAUCGCCGCGCUGGCAGGGCGUGUCGCGAUCGUCAUGUCGGGUUUCUGGUUUGGGAGUGGUUGUCUUGAUUUCUUGUCGCGCCCCGUCGCCUCGUCGUAAGUCUCCUGUCAUCGGGUUGUCUGCGUCGCCGGGCCGGCGUCUCUCUCUCCUCCUAUUUCUUCCUGGGUAGUGUGGGCGCCUUUUUUUGAUUUGAUUCCCACCCGAUUUGCGGAUGGGGAAAAUGGGUAGGGCUGUUUUUUUCAAAACCGGAAAAGUUAGAAGUUUUAGAAAGGCAAACCGCCCGGGCGUUUUCCGCAUGAAAGCCUUUCACUGGGCCCGUGGCGCGGGGGCUUAGAAAUGCAAGAAGGGCCAAGCGGAACGCCCCCGCGCCCCACGUGGUCGCGCGCGCGGCGCCUCGCUAUCUCCUUCCGCCCGGCCCGAAUGCCGCCCGCCCGCGCGCGCUUGGGGGGCCGUUUCCCUGGCUAGGAAGGCGAAAGCCCGGGGCCGGGGGGGGCCAGGGGCGGGCGGGCGCGGCCCCCCCGGGCGGGCGCGCACCUUCAGGAAUCGCCGACCGCGGGGCUCUAGCGCCGUGCCUUUGGGCUCCGACCGACCGAUAGACGUGUCCAGGUGGCGCUUUCAAGGCCCUGCGCCACUAGAACAAAAAGACAAGACGCGCGAAGCUGGUUGAAUCCCGGGCGGGCCGGCGGCGUUCAUGCGGCCUGCAACGCCGGGAACCCGCCCCCGGGGCCCGCAGCUCUGCAACCCGCAGGGCCCGGCGCCGCCGGGCGCCCAUCUUUUUCUGCAUUCGUGAAUAGGUGCCGCUUGUUCCGCCCGGCUGCCCAGUCCACCAAAGCGCCGGGCGAAGGAAUGGAUGCUUUUCAGGCUUCGGGCAGCCGCCCGGGAGUGUGGCGACGCGAAGUUGCGGCGUUUUUCCUUGCUGCCCCCCGUUGCCCCGCGCCGCAGUUAUUUUCGCGAUACCUACGGGGAGGCCGCGCCGGGGCCUACUUACCGAAUGAAAUGCGGCCGCCGGGCCUAACGAUGCAUAUGCCUGCCACUGCCCACAGCGCGGAGGCCCCGCCUGCCGAUUCCGCCCUCUUCCCUGCAAGAGCGGUGCCCGCUUUGUGUGAGAAGCGACAGCGCGGCGCCUUGGCAAUAGCCAGCGCCCCCAAGGGCUCCGCAGCAUUGGUCGCAGGUGGGAUAUGGCAAGGCGCGCAGCGUCUAGUGGGAGCCGCUUAUAUUUCCGUGCGCCUCCCUUUUUUUUUCGAUGACAAAGAACGGGCAGGCGCCGGGGCCCUCGGGGGGGGGCGUAGGCAACAAAGAUGCCAGCCGCCGGGCGGGCCCCGUGCGAAUUCUCCUCGGGGCCAGCAGGGGGCCUCCUCGGUUUUCGAUAUUCCCUCCGCCGCAGCGGCAGGAGCCGUCGAAGCAGGAAUCGGGGAGCGGGUGUGCCGUGGUGAACAAAAGGCCGGGGUUUUCAGGCCGUUGCAGCCCGGGGGGCCGCAAAGCCCAGACCAGGCAGGCGGCACCAGCGCGGGGCCGGGGGGAGGGCGCGCCCCCGUCCCCGCGCUGCCUGGUCUCCUGCGACCUCGGAAGACGGGCGCGCGCCGACAAUUGCAGACUCGCCGGGCGGGCGCCGGCACCACAUGCGCGCGCGGACGGCCCGCCCAGAUUCCGGGCCCUGGCACCGCGUAGCCCUUCGGGCACACCCUUGGUUGCCACUGUGGGCCGCGUCGCCGGUGCAAUGACUGGCAGCCGCAGCCAGGCCUGCGACAAGGCCUCUGAAGGGGCGGACGCCUGUACCUUCUGGAGAGUAGCUCCAUGGUUGUGAAAGUGUUAGAAACCUAGACGCACGAUCAAGACAGUAAGCGGGUAAACACGAUGUGAACAAGUGCUAGCAGUACUAAGUGCUUACGUAGCACGGUGUUGGGCUUACUGAUGAUAGACGUACUAGUAGGGGUACUAGUCGCAACCUGCAGGGGUGUGAUGAGAUAUCAAGAGGAUGGACAAUAUGCAUGACAAACAGGAUGGCUACGAACGGCUAAGGAGGAGGAUCAUGGAUUUCAGAUCGCCGGUCUGUACAAGACCAAGAGAUUUGACAUCAGACCAGAUUUACAUCGUGAUUUGCGUCGCGCUGUGUUUCUGAUCGCCACUAGGUCAUUUGAUAUUCCGAUCUAUCCAACAUUCCCCCUUCCGAAGCUAUAGUAACCAUUGUUCACCUGUAGCAUAUACCUCAUUCCUCCUUCCUUUUUGGCACAACGACUAGGCAAAGUCGUAGGGCUUUCCUUCGAUCUGGAUGGUCAAUCCAGAUGCUUUACUUAGCUUCGCAGCCAACAUCAUAACAGUAGCGGGCUCUAGUACAAUGGGCCGAAGGUCAGUCGACACAUGGAGCGCGCGCACUGUGUGAAGUUCUGCUUUUGGGUCCGUCUUGAACAGAGACAAAUACUUUUCACCAGGCAGGCCCUUGGUCAGGGGGUCGGCCUUGUUUACUUUUGUCGGCACAAAGCGCAAAUCUUGACAAUGAUCGCGGACAAUGUGAUAACGCAAGUCAAUAUGUUUGGAGCGCUUAGUGAUUGUACUGCUCUUGCUGAGACUUAGCGCACUUUGAUUGUCUGUGAAAAUGAGCGGAAGCGUUUCCCCUUCAGUUUCCAUAAACCAAUCUGGCCAGCCUUGACUUAAGCACAUUUUGAUCCAUCGUGUCAUGGAUCGCAACAUACUCAGCCUCACACGUGCUGGAAGCGCGGACUGUCUGUCGUUUUGACGACCAAGCGACUGGACAACCACGAUAAUACAGGAUACUACCGCUGGUGGACUUCAGUGUAACUGUACACCCUGCAAAGUCGCUAUCGCUGAAAGCACACAAAUCAGGACAAUCCCGAUUAGCCUCCUUCGUCACUUUGGUGUAAACCGUGCGAAAAUCUUCUUCAGCUUUUGGCGAGUAUUCUAAGCCGAUUUCUCGAGUUGCUUUCAAGUAGGCCAAAAUCCGUUUUGCUGCUUUCACCGCUUGGGGUGUCGGAUUUACUACUUCUCUUGCAACACGCUGCACCGCGUAGACAAUGUCUACCCUGCACAUACAAGCGAUAUACUGCAGGCUACCCACGAGGCUUCGCAGUGGGAAUUUCGUUCCCGGUGCAGAAGUAUCAACUUCAGUAGUCUGAAUUUCUGGCAAUUGUCUUCCAGGAAGUACAGGCGUAGCAACUCCCCGACAAUCAACCAUAUUGAAUUUCUUCAAAACUCUGUCAAUAGCCUCUGCCAUGUGGAUCCUCAUGGUCUUUUUCGAUGCGUUGUAUUCCAGAGUGGCCCCCAGGAGGUCGUAAACUUCGCAACCCUUUUCACCUGGUUUCGCUUUCGGCGGGAUCACUUUUCCAUGAAAUUUGUCCAAAAUUUUCCCCAUCUCUUUGUCGAGAAUUUCUUCCGUGUCACCACUCAUGACACAGUCAUCCACGUACACGCUCAACGUAAGAACGCCUUUACGGAACAACCCCGGCUCCCGUUCGCACAUCUUCCAACCUAGUUCCUUCAAAGUCUUCCUGUAGGUAUCGAACCAGCGACGCGGGCUAAUUCGAAGACCAUAAAGAGACUUCAGUAGGCGCACGGCGUCACCUCUCGGAUCAGUGCUCCAGUGCUUCGGAAGACGCACGAAAACUCGCUCGUCACCUAAACUCGCACAAGUGAACGCAUUUGAAAUGUCGAAAAAUUUGAUCCGUUUUCCAUUUGCAGCAGCGUCAACAAGUAGGGCUCUACUAGCUGCGUGCGAAAUGGUAGGGCUGUAAAUUUCGCCACAGAGUUCUUUCGACUGUAAGUUUCCCAGUGCCACCAGCCGCGCUUUGUAUGUUCCACAUCUUUUCUUCGUGUAGAUCACGCACGACGGCGCAACUUCGUCGCCUUUUUGUGGUUUCUCGUCUACUGUCCAGCACUCUUUUGCUAAAAGUCUGAGUCGUUCAACAUCGUCGGCCUCUAUGUACUUCGGAGCAUCAGGAUCUCGAAGAAUCUGCGCUCUGGUGAGUGGCACCACAUGAGCAAAAACUUCUUCACCUUCUUCCUCAAUGCGCUUGGCAUGGUACUCGUCCAAGUCUCGACCAAAGUCAAAAUCAUCAGGCAACUGAAAUACGUUUCCAGCUUCUGCUGCUUUUGGCUUAGGGCCUGGCUUUUUGCUUCCCGGUUUGUUCUUCGAACCUUUCGGGCGACCCUUUUUGUUGUUGACAACGACUGCAGGCUUCGGCUUUUGCUUUCUUUUCUUCUUGACGCCCUUGGGCUUUGGGCGGGCGGGAGGUUCGUCAAGCUCUUCCGCUUCGGGAAUAACUACCUCUUCCUCUGCUUGCGCAACACUUUCCUCUUUGCCCCCUUCCACUGCUUUGCCCCCUUCCUCGACCUGCUGGUCUCCAGUAGCCCCAUUGGGCCCCGAAUCACCCUGGUCACGCGGAGCAUCCUGAUCGGGCUCAUGACUUCCCGAGGGAGCCACCAACGGAUCAGGCAUGUUCGACACACACAAUUUGUCGGGUGCGGCAAAGGGUGCAAAGGCUCCACGGUUCUUUUCGCGAAGAUCGUCAAUGUCGGCGAUCGUACAAGAUUCGUCAAACUUGCAGGAUCUAUUUUCGAUCACAGUGAACUUCAGCCCGACUUUCGUUCGUUUGUCGUCACGCCAAACACCCACUAAAUAACGGGAAUUCUUCGAAUACCCCAAGAAUACUCCACGUUCGUACCGAACAUCGAGCGCACCUAAGUCCGUCGAUUUCGUAACGUGCUUCCGAGCAUAGCAAAGGACUCCGAAUUUCUUGAAAUACUUGAGCGAAGGCGCGCGAUCGUGAACUUUUCCAAAUGGACUCCUUUGCUCUUUCCGGGCUAACCGAUUCCAAGUCCAGGCUAUAUACUUUGAACAAUAUGGCCAAAGACGAGGAUCGACCCCGAUCAUAUUCGCCCGCAAGGCAUUUUUCGAAGUUUGGUUCCACCGUUCCACGACUCCAUUACGUUGCGGCGUGAACGGCGCAGACGUAGUUGGCUCGAUCGGAGGACUCUGCUUCAAGCAAUACUUUCUCCAGUCACUUUUCUCGCCUCGAAAAGUAGGAUCGUUAUCGCUUCUCACCCGUUUGGGCUUUCCAACUUCUAAACACCACUCACGCAGACCUUUCCACGCUUCAUCCUUUUCCCGGUGAGGAUAAUUCUCUACCCAGCCAUGGAAUGUCUCCACCCCUGACAAAAGAAAUUUCUCCCCAUCAAGACCCAAAGGAUAACCGUAGGUAUGAUCCCAAUCCACUUGAUCUAGCCAAGCCUUUGGCUUACAGUGCUCCGGACGUUCUGACUUACACCCUUCUUGCCUCGACUUCGCUAAGUCACACAACGGACAGCGUCCAUAUUCAAGACCGUCAAUAUGAAAGUGCCCAAACCUUUCAUGUUGUCGAAGACGAUCGGCACGAGUCAGAUUCACAAAUGCUGGCUCGGACCACGCGGCCCGGCUCUUUCCGUUUUGUAAAUCUCCAGCCGUAUCCAGCUCGCUCAAGCUGUGAGACGCAAAGUCUAUUUGCGGCAAAUUUGUUAAAGUGUCCCGGCGCAUCGGAAUUUUGAAACCUGUUUUCUUCUUUUGGAGGUAGAGCGCGUCUCUCCCCUCAAAAACUACCCGGCAGUCAUUUUCGUCGUUCAAAAGACUUACCGACACCAAAAACAACUUUUCGUCAGGAUGGUAUAGUCCACCCAUUAAACCUAAAGAGUUAUGGUGGAAGUAACCACGGUAGGCGGGAGUGUCUAACGUUCGGUCGGCAACCGUUAACGUUACUGGAUCAUCCCAAAACACGAUCUGAAAACAGCUCAAGUCCCCUGUCAUGUGGUGCGAGGCACCACUAUCAACAACUGCCGUUGUUUGAGUACCAUCCGGGCGGAUGGUAAUCCCAUGGGCGCUUUUCCCGUUUCCCUUCGACAAAAGUGCAAAUGUCAAAGACGAAACAGCGCCGGCGGACUUUUCGCCGUUUUGAUCUGUUUGACCCUUUUCCCGCUCUUUUGACCAAUCACCAAACCAGUCUUGUGCCUCCUGGUUUUCGUUUUUCUUGUCCCUGCCCUGGUGGUGACCAUGCACCAAGACAGUGAAGCCCUUAGGAGUAUCGGCAAAAUCAAAAAUUUGCUGAUCUUUCACCCCGUUGCAUGAUUCCCCUACAAACUUGCACAAGUUAAAACAAGUCCAAUCCAUGCAGUUUCCUUCUGCUUUACGGGCGGAAUCUGCCACCUCGUAAUUUUUGUUCUUUGCCAUCUCAUGCGGGUUCGCUUUUCUUUUUAAAUUGCUGAGAUCAUACAAGCGCGAAGCCCCAUGCAGAAUAGGCAUUUUUUGUAAUGAAUUUUCGUUCUUUUCAGGUACUUUCACGUUCUUAACAGGAGCGGAAUCAACUUCAAAUUUUACAUUGGAAAUCUUACAAGUAGUGCCGGUUGAUUCGUAAACAGGGCGGAUAGAUGCGUUUUUCAUCAUGCGUUUCGAUGCGUUCUCGUUAGAAAUAGAGGCUGUUUCAAGUACACUGUGACUGGAUAUAGGUGCUGUUUCAAGACCAUCAGUUUUUGUUUCGAGUGCUGUAGCAUUGUAAAUAGAGGGAGACUUUAGAUUUUGAAUGCAUGCAACAUCACUACUUUGACCAGAAGUAGAGCCUGUUUUAACAGCAUGAACAUCAUCAGCAUCGGUUUUUCGACGUUUAGCAGCAUGAGAAAUUUGACAACUCUCAUCGGAACCCGGCCAGCUUCGUCAGUUGGGGCAAUCCUUACGAACAUGUCCAAGCUGCUUGCACUUGUGACAUUUGAUCUUGGAUUUGUCUCCGCCGCCGCCUUUUCCCUUCUGCUGGUCUCCCUUGCCUCCUUUUCCGCCGCCCUUGUUGUUCUUCUGGUUGUUGUUCUUGUACGGGUGCUGGUUCUUGUUGACCCAGCGGCCACCCUUCUUCCCCUUCUGUGCAACAACUUCAGCAGCGAUCGCUUUGUGAUCGGCCUGCGUCAAGUUGAGAGAAGCGGGCUUUGCGGUGUCCUCUUCGGUGCCCCCGUCUUUCAAGACGGAUUCGCACUCCUCCGCCAACUUCAACAAAUUAUCACUGUCCGGCUUGUCCUGGAUGACGUGCGGCAUGAUAAAUGAAUCGUAGGCGUUCCCGAGGUUGUAGAAGCAUCCGAAAGUCAUCAACUCGCUGCGGAAGACUUCACCGCCCAGCUCAUCCCGAAAGAUGUUUUGUUUCCGCUGAACGAACUCCCUUACCGUUUGGUCUUUGUCUUUCCGGGUGGUUAGUAAAUCCUUAAGCGACCGCAUUCGAGCGAAUUUGGUCCGCUUAUCGAAUUCCAACAACAACGCACCCCAAGCCGUACUGAUGCAAGCGACUGUCUUGCUCUUCACGACCUCCAGCGCGUCCCCAGUCAACGCCACGCACAAGCGAGCGAAGAACUGCGCACCGAUGGCCCUCGUGUCGUCCUUCCAUCCGUCAAUAGAAGGCGUUUUCAAGAAGUUGUCGAUCAGUGUCAAGAUCCCCAACAUCUGCAACAAGGCUUGCACCUUAAACCGCCAGUCCGACCAUCCCUUCGGAUUUCCGUCGUAAGGCGGAAUAGAGUACUUUUCCACCUGGUUAGUGUCGACCAUUGUGUUCAAAAGAAAACAAUAAUCGCGCUUAAAUACAAAUUCCCAAUUUGUAUCCCAAUCGAGAUUGUGGAAAUAGUUUGCAAAUUGUGGGUCGCUAAGGUCUUCAACGUUCCAACCUUUGGAGCCGUAACACUUCGCGCCUAAAAUGCACAAAUCUCGAUGCUUUCCAAGUUCUCUAGCUACGCAACUAGCACCAAAAUGUCUGCAUGGCAUUUAAUUUCUUUUCUAAAUUUUGCAGAUAAACUUCCUAAAGUUGUGGGGGUGCGUUUUCAACAAAUACGUUCAAAUUUGUAAUGCUAGCUCUGAAAUUGUACAAGUAAAUCUUACAAGAUGUAGUGACUGUUUUUCAAAUUUUCUACACAAGAAAAUCAGUAAAAAUUUGUAAUGCAGGCGCAAGUUUUCUAAACAAGAAAACUAAUAAAUUUUGGCUGAAUAAAGGUGCGACUAGAUUGUUAGAAACCUAGACGCACGAUCAAGACAGUAAGCGGGUAAACACGACGUGAACAAGUGCUAGCAGUACUAAGUGCUUACGUAGCACGGUGUUGAGCUUACUGAUGAUAGACGUACUAGUAGGGGUACUAGUCGCAACCUGCAGGGGUGUGAUGAGAUAUCAAGAGGAUGGACAAUAUGCAUGACAAACAGGAUGGCUACGGCUAAGGAGGAGGAUCAUGGAUUUCAGAUCGCCGGUCUGUACAAGACCAAGAGAUUUGACAUCAGACCAGAUUUACAUCGUGAUUUGCGUCGCGCUGUGUUUCUGAUCGUCACUAGGUCAUUUGAUAUUCCGAUCUAUCCAACAGAAAGUGAAAAUGGUUUGCGCUCCUAUUAUUCCGCAACCCAGCGCGCCGGUGCUUGAAGGUACUUGCAAGGACGCAGCCCGCCACGGCAGUGUGUCUCAUCUAUAUAGGCAUACGCAAAGAGAAGAGUGCCACGGUUGCGCACUUAAUACAUACGCGAAGGCUAUUAAGAGCCAGCGGCGGGCGACGUAGCGCGCUCGCUCCGUACGGGAGCAAUAGCACAGCUGUGGGGCGCAGUUAGAUCGAGCCACAGAACACGGAAAAUGGAAAAACGGCAAGAAGGGGGAGGCGGCCCGGUAAUAGGGGAAAGAAGGGGCUGGUUGGGCCGGGCGGAUUCGAAGCCGGGCCCGGUUUCAGCCCAUCUCCCAACCCGCAGUCGACGGCCGCGGGCGGGGGGUCUCUCUGCCUGGAGGAAGGUCGGAAAUAGGGAAGGCGCCUUGCGCCACGGGCGUCCGUCGCGCGGCGCUGACUCCCCCGGGGCGCCGGGGCUCUUUGGGCGGCGUGCGUCGUCAGACAGCGAGGCGUCGGUAAUGGCGGCCCCCUUUUUCUCGCCCCCGGGCGCGAUUUUUGUAGACCCCGCCCGGCUCAAGCUGCGCGGCCCGCCCGCCUUUUUUGGCGGGCCCCGGGCGGGCUCCCGGGGGGCCCGCGGCCGGGGGCAUGGGGCCGCCCAGGGAGGCCCGGGCCCCCCGCCGGGGCCCGCUUCCUUUCUAGGGCGUCAGCCGUCGGGAAAGGGAGGGGGGGGGGGCAGGGGGCCCGCGGUGCCCGCCCGCCUCGCUAGAAACGAAGUACGCCGCCCCACGAAAGGCGCAGCCGCGCGCCCCCCAGCCGGAAACGUUGCGCCGGAGGGCGUGCCGUGUGUGUGUGCGGGGGGGAGCGGCGCGGAUAGAUAGCAGGCCUCCUUCCUUGAAGGAAGGAGCGCCCUGAUGCUUGCUGUCAUAUUUGCAGCAGUGGCCCCCGGCUUUUGCUUUAUUUUGCACCCCCGCGACGCGGGGCGGCGCGGCGCGUUUUUCCCGCAACUGCCCGCAGGCGGCCUGGAGAGGCCGGCGCGCUGACUUCUUUUGGGCCCCGCAGAAAAUAAAGAGGCGGCGCACGCUUGCCACUCACGGAAGCCGGGCGGGGCGCGGGCGCGCUAAAUAUCAAGCGAGUAGCGCCUUCUUUUUUUAGGGCGCGCGGGCACUUUUUAUGCUAAGAUGCCGCGCCUACGCCUAGCAGGGCGCCCUUCUUUCGUAUCCGAUGGGCGAUUUUCUCGUCGGGCCGCCUUUCAUGCAAACCACGGGCGGGCCCUCGCCUCCGGCUGGGUUCUGCGUGCUAAAGUAGCUGCCUCCUAAAAUCGGCUAGCUCGUUCGGAACAGAACGGCGUAGCCAGCAGUAGGGAUUCUGCUCGAUCCGCUGCAGCUUUCUUGCACUAGAGCACCAGCACAGAAGCACGCAGCCUCGGCGCUGCGCGUCACUCAGCAGUGACUUUGCUGCGAGGCGGAAGAAAGUCGGCGACUUGCCGCGCAGUGCGUAACUGUAGCGCUCGUUUCUUUGGAUAAGCGAGAGCAAAAGCAAUACCGGCAUCCGAGGCCGUCGGUGGGAAACGUUCGACGAGAUCGCGGCUCUAUGGAUGGAAGACUACGACCCGAAAGACGAGAACCCUGUAAUCCCCAGUUCGGGAACCUGCAUCGGGAGAAGCUAUUACUUCAUGAAGAAUACUCACUUCGAGCGAGUUGUCCAGCCGAUGCUUACUUUCUUAACGCCCCUUGUGAACACGUACUUCGAGACAACUGGAGACGGACGAACACCGUACAUUUCUGGGAUAACCUUGGGCGUAUCUAA